UCAGACAGACGUUGUGCAAUGCGUGUAACCUAAAAGUGAAGACGGUCAACUUUGUGCCGUGCUUCUUGCACAAUCUAUCAGGUUACGACGCGCAUUUCAUCGUCACUGAAUUGGGAUACGACGACCAAAGGAUUUCGGUCAUACCGAAUUCUGAGGAGAAGUAUAUUUCAGUCACGAAACACGUGACCAAUUACUUCUCCAUACGGUUCGUCGACACCUUCCGGUUCAUGGCCUCCUCCCUGUCCACCUUGGCCGGUAACCUAAUGACGCACGACUUCGUUAAAUUUCGGGAGACGGCUAAGGUGUUCCGCCCGGAAGACAUGCCGUUAGUGAUGCGCAAGGGCGUAUACCCCUACGAGUACACUGAUAGUUGGAUUAAAUUGGACGAAACGGAACUACCACCCCGCGACGCUUUCUAUAGUUAGUUAAGUGAGUCGAAUAUCGAUGAUGAUGACUAUAGACAUGCCACGGAGGUGUGGAACCGUUUCGGAUGCUCAACCCUCGGUGAGUACAGCGACUUAUACCUUAAGAUCGACGUGUUGUUGUUGGCUGAUGUGUUUAAGAACUUCCGCGACAUCUGUACUUCAACGUACAAUUGGACCCGGCACACUAUUACACCGCGCCCGGUUUUAGCUUCGAUUGUAUGUUGAAGUACACCGGGGUGAAGCUGGAGUUCUUGAACGAUUACGACAUGCUACUGAUGGUGGAACAGGGCAUUCGCGGUGGGCUAGUGCAGGCCGUCAAGCACUAUGAGAAAGCAAACAAUAACAAAACACCAGGCUACGAUCCGACAAAGCCUGAAUCAUGGAUCUUGUAUCAAGAUUGUAAGUAUUAUAUAUAAGUGCAAUAAUUGAGUGGUGGUUUAAAAAUUAGCAAGACGCUAAUGUACAAGUACUUCUACGACGUAUUGAAACCACAUUAUGGCAGUGCAAUCGAAUUGGUUUACAUGAAUAGUGACUCCUUCAUAUACCUGCUCAGAGUCGGCGACUUCUACCAGGAUUUAGCUGAUAACCCCGAUUUACUGGUGCACGUGGACGCAUCUAGCCUGCCCAAGGAUCACCCUUGCUACUCCACCGAUAGAAAGAAGAUGCCCGGUCUGUUUUCAGACGAGACCGGUGGCGUCACCCUCUUUGAGAUCGCUGCACUUCGAUCAAAGUGCUACGCGUAUGACAUGGAAGGCAGCGGACUCAUAAAGUCUAAAGGGAUCCGCGGGCACGUCGUCCGGAACCAUUUGUCUUUGAAUGAUUACAAACAAUGUUUGUUCAAAGACGAUGGCGAUGGCGACGAUGCGUCAAAACGAGCAUUGGCUGGAGAGAAUGCCCGUGUGGUCAUCGGAGCUGUACGCGAUGGUGGGACUCCACCGACAUUAUCGCUACCAUACACUCCGUACCGACAACGUCAAUCCGUUCGUUCGAGCACGAAAUACGCACUUUACGUACAACCAGUUGGCGCUUAACCGUUUCAACGAUAAGCGUUACACGCUCGACAACAGAAUCGACACAUUGGCUCACGGGCAUUAUGCUAUACCACUACCACCACCACCACCACAGGAAGGUUAUACAAAUAUAGUAGUAUUUAAGUGAU